CAGCCCCCUCUCUCAGGCUCCGCCCUCUGGUUUCCAAGCUGCCGAUCAACACAGCAAUGGAUCCCUCUGCUUCCAAGGUGCAGAAAUCAAAGGCAGCAACGGAUGCCACUGCAUCCAAGGAUGAAGGCAGCGACAUCUCCAAGUACUCGCAGAGCGUCCCCGACGUCGGGUUCAAGUACGGCGCCAACCAAGAUGGGGUCCCUUCUGCCUGGAGCUUGCAUGACCGACUCCUCCUCUGCCAAGGGGAACGCUGCUGGCUCCAAGAUCUCACAAGCAACGCACCGCCGCCUCCAACAACAGGCUUCCAAGAUCCGAGGGAUGAGCAGGUGAAUGAUGUGAGCAGGGGGAUCAUUGAUCGGGUACAGCUGUGCAAGGACGAACGUCGCCAACUCCAAGAGCAGGGUCUAUCGAAAGCAGAGGCUAAUGCCUGUAAGAAGCUUGUUCUCGACUAUCUGAAGAUAAAACAGGAAAGAAAGCAUUCUUCUGCUAAAGCAAGAAAGGGAAGGCGAAAUUCCGAUGCUUGCCACAUUGAAGCUACUGUGGAACCACUCGGUCAGAAGAAGUAACAUCGUGUUUGAAGGUUCUUUGCUGAUUCGGCCAGUGGAUUCACUCGCUUGUUAUAGUUGCCAUUGUUGCUACUUUCUCUUUGUUCGUAGUGUCUCGUUGUCUCAAAUGACUAUCGAAUGGUUCUUCGGUCUGUAAUAACUGCAAUUCCUGAACCCAAACUGGAAGUUGCAGCGAUAUCAUGUAGCAUUUGUCCUACAAUUUUAAGAAGGUCAAACUUCAUCUCA